ACUCAGGACUGAGCCAACCUGUUGAGCGUAUGGUUUAGGGUGUUGGUUUAAGUCUACAUCCGAUCUUUAACCGCGUUACGGGUGGAUCCUCCACAACCACGCAUCAAACUUCAACCUUUCAGUGUCUUUCCGCUUGAUAAAGGCAAAAUCCACAUUGUUAUGAUGAAAUCUUUGGCACUAGUGUUCUUGACAUUUGUGCCCCUUGUGUUGGCAGAGGGUCAGCAGACCACAGAGGAUGAUCCCUUCUCUUUUGAUUAUCACAGACUGAGGGUCGGAGGUCUGAUCUUAGCAGCAGUUUUAUGUCUGAUUGGCAUUACUAUUCUCCUAAGUGGCCACUGCAGAUGCAAGUUCAACCAGGACAAGAGGAGGAGGACAGGAAGUAACGCUCAAGCAAUGCUCAACGACACAGCGAGGGCGAGUGAAUGCUAAAAACCUGCUGACCUGAACCAAUCAGAGGAGACGGUCCCGCCUUCUUUCAUCACAUGUGCUGGUUUAUCAGAGGAAUCAUUUCUCUUUAAGACGAGGAACCUGAUAGGAUGAUGGUUUUCUGUUUUCACUCUGUGUUUGCUUCAGAUCAUACAGGAGGAAAGAGAAAAUCCAUUUUUGUUAAAUGCCAGAUGUGUCUUUUUAAUAUCAGUUAAUUUAAACCAAUUACCAAAAUCAAUAUAAAUUGUUCUGUUUUUUUAUCCUGUCAGAAAUUGUAUUAAGUUAUGUUGGAUGUAGGUACAGUAUGAAAGGGAAGGAUUUUUAUGUGGCUUGAUUCAGUCUCAUAUGGAAACCUUUAAUCAAAUAUUACUGUAAGCUGUAGUAAAUAUUACACUAUUGCAUUAUAUAUGAAGUAGUUUACUGUUCAGAAUUGUUUUGAGUAACUAGUUCAUGCUGUCAAUGCUUAUAAACGACCCGUAAUAUUUACAUUGGGGUAUUGUCAUGUGCUUGUUUUUUAGCCCACUGACACGCUUGUAGUAUUACAGUAAGAGUUUGUUUUUAUUUGUUGUGUGGAAAAUUUGUCAGUAUCGGUCAAACAUGAACACUAAAAUAAACCAAAAGUCUCUAAAA